AUGUCAGAGAUCAAGCAUUUGAACGAAUCACGGGUUGCAGUGCUUAACAGAAAUGAUUCUGACAUUACUGUUCCCCAGAUUCGUAAUGGAAAUAAGUCCAGGAAUUCCAUCGAAGUUGUAAACGAUGAAGCAAACCCCUUCCGUCCUAUAAUAACACCCAUGGGAUCCACUAACAAUGUAUUAACCCAAUUGACCCAUAACAAGGAUCCUUCGCUAGAACCCUUGCCACAACAAGUCAAUAUGGGCAAACAAGUAAUGACAUCUAGAAAUCCACCUGGAAACUUGUAUAGAGCUAUUAUAACAUGUUGUUGGUCAGCAAUCUCAGGAUGGUCAGACGCUACUCCAGGUGCAAUCUUGCCAUUUAUUGAAGAAUACUACGGAAUUACUUAUUCGAUUGUGUCAUUGAUAUGGAUGGCUAAUGCUGCAGGAUUCAUAUUAAUAGCUAUGCUAUCACAUAAGAUCCAACCAUGGUUGGGGAAGAGAUAUUCAUUGGUAACGGGCUGCAUAUUCUCGUGUAUAAUGUAUGCUUUAGUUUCUAGUGGGUCACAUUUUCCGUUAGUUGUGAUUGGAUUUUUCUUCGGUGGAAUGGGGAUUGCAAUUUGCUUGUCUCAGUCAAAUAUAUUCUUUACACGGAUGUACGAUCUGUCAAAGUACUUAUCACUUUUUCAUGGGUCAUAUGGGUUGGGUGCAACGCUUUCACCUUUGGUAGCUACAGCGAUGGUCAAUGCUGGCGUUAAAUGGCAUUACUUCUAUCUCAUUACAUUAGGUUUCAUGAUAUCUACCGGUAUGAAUCUCUACAUUUCGUUCAAGGGUGCAGACGAAGAUCUCAGACCGUGGGAUACUGAUGAGCCAACCGAAACUCUGCAGGUUCUGGAGAGUGAUGAUUCCCAUGAGAGCCAGUAUGAAUCAGACGACUCUAACCAGCAAAUAGGAUUACAGGACUUGGCUAGAGAAGGACUGAAUACACAAAACGUCCCUAAUAAGGAUAAACAAUCAUCACAUUCUACGGACAUGUUAUUGGCUCUUCAAAACUACAGGACAUGGCUCCUUGCAUUAUUAGUAUUAUUCUAUCAAGGAGCAGAAGUUUCCUUGGGUGGUUGGGUUGUUACUUUCUUAUUAAAUUACAAACAAGGUAAUCCAAACUCAGCUGGUUAUGUCGCCUCGGGGUUCUGGGGUGGUUUAACAUUGGGUCGUCUUCUUUUAACAAAACCAUUACAUAAAUUAUUAGGAGCCAGAAGGGCCGUUGUACUUCUUUCUUUAACUUCAAUUUGCUUCGUGAUCCUUGGAUGGUUGAUUCCAAACGCUAUAGCUGAUGGUGUGUUUAUUUCUUUGGCGGGUGUUACAAUAGGACCAAGUUGUCCAUUACAAAUUGGUCUCACGGCUAAGCUUAUACCUAGGAAAAUCCAGGUUAUUUCAUUAACAAUAAUUACUGCUUUCGGGUCGUCUGGUGGAGCAAUUUUCCCAUUCAUAGUCGGUUUGAUCUCUCAAAGUGCUGGUACCUACGUUGUUAUGCCAGUUUUUAUUGCAUUAUAUUGUUGUAUGCUUGGUCUUUGGAUAGCCUUGCCUAAUAUUGAACGACCUAUAGAAUCAACAAGUGAUACUGGUAAGUGGACAAAGAUGUGGAGAAGAGUUUGGUAA